AUGGCCGCUGCUCCAACGCACGAACCUCCCAAUGCGGUCGAUGGUCCCACGGGUCAAGAAGAGCAAGAACUCGCGUUUGGGCAGGUGUGGAAAGACGCGGCCAAGGCUCCGCCACGACGAACAACUGUAGAACGGCCGGCUACCGAACGCCGGAAGUCGUCAAUCCAGUUUCACACUGCUGACGCCGAGGACACCAUAAGACGAGAGAGCCUUACACAAGGCUCGCGAACCUCCCUUUCCCAGCGGAGAAUGUCGUCGCCUCCUCCGCCGUUCAAUUAUCAGCGCGGCGUCUCAUUUGACACACUCGACAACAGAGACGCAUCCACCGAAGCCUUCACCCUGAACUACAAGCAUCGCGACUACGCCUCUACCUCACGAAGCCGAACAUUUCUCUGCGGCACGGACGCCAAAGACUAUUCCGAAUAUGCAUUGGAAUGGAUGUUGGACGAGCUCAUCGACGACGGCGAUGAGAUCGUAUGUCUACGAGUGGUGGAGAAGGAUACAAAAACGGCCCACGAGACACCGUACGAACGCAGCAAGUACCGCGAUGAGGCGCAGAAAUUACUCGACAGUGUCAUAAAGAAAAACAGCGCAGAAGAGAAAGCCAUCAGCAUUAUUAUGGAAUUAGCUGUUGGCAAGGUGCAGGAGAUAUUUCAGCGCAUGAUAGGACUUUAUGAGCCGGCGGCGUUAGUUGUCGGAACACGGGGAAGAAAUUUGGGGGGUAUGCAAGGCUUGCUUCCGGGCUCAGUGUCGAAGUAUUGCCUGCAACACUCACCUGUGCCAGUAAUCGUCGUUCGCCCAACGUCCAAAAGAUUGAAAAAGAAAAUGAAGCGCCAAUUAGAGACUGGUCGGAGUCUGUACAGCAGUAUGCUGGAGAAGGCUCAAACUGCUGGCGGCAGUCACCUCUUCGACAAGAGAGACAACAGCUCGAUAUCUAUGGAAGCCACCGAGAAAGAAGCCGAUGCUGUUGCCAGAGCCAUCGGACCACCCAGACGUGGCAUUCUGAAGGGAACUUAUGGCGGACCACUUGCGCGUGUGACCUCGGCAAGAAGCGAUGCCACCUCAGACGAUGAGUCCCCGGAGCGAGGAUUCACCUUGCCGAUCGGGUAUUUCAGCACUGAGAGCGCGCCCAGAGCUGAUCUGGCCAUGCAGUUCCCCAGCAUUGCAGCCCUUCAGGAGGAUUGGGACGACGAGGAUCUGGCCACGCCUAAGAAAACUGCGAAGGCGACAGGAAAGCGCCAUGAGAGCCGCGAUAGUGACGCUGCCAUAUCCGAUACGGAGGAAGGCUCACUGGGAGUCCGCAAGAUUGUCGACGAACGACGGCCUUCCGUCAGAGAAACAACCCCUUGGCUCGAGGAGAUCCUUCGGGACAAACCACAGAGAAGAUCUCCCAGCCAUGGACGAUCACCUUCACGAUAA